GCCAUGUUCCUGCAACAGUCCCUUUCAAGGAAGUCCUGCCAGACACACAAACAGACUACUAUUUGUGACUUGAAAUUCUUCUGUACACUACAAAAGACAAUUAGUAAAAAGACAGAUAUAAAACUAGAAAUAAUGCCAGAGAGUGAAAGACCAAAAUGCACCUCCGAACCUCGAACAACAAUAUUAGGGUGUAUCUUGGUGAUUUCCUGCAUCAUGUUCAUUGCUCAAGUGAUAGCUGCUUUAGCAACUGAUGAAUGCAAAGGAGAGUUCUACAUCCCCAUAUGCAUCUAUAAUUAUGGAUUCAUAUCUGUAUUUCUGGCACUGAGCAUGUGCACAGCAAAAAGAAUGCAGCAGUUUCCAAUUACACCAAGAAAGCAGUUGCUGUACCUGCUGCACCGAGGGCGGUGCAAGUGGUGCAACAUAGGCUGUUGCUCUGUGCCUCUCCUCGUCGUCUGUUUCUUUUACCUUGGUGUUAAUGCGUUCAUCUACUCGGAUAUAAAACCCAACUUCAAUAAGAGCGUAACCACAGGCAUUAUCUACUGCAACAAGACAUUCUACCUGUUUGCAUUUUGGAGCACCAACCUGACCUACGGCCUGUUAGCGCUGCUGUUUAUCACUUUUUGGUGUUGUAAACGACAAGAGCCCGAGGGCGAUGAUGAGGCUCAAAUACUCGUUCAGCAUUACCAGAUUAGGAUCCUAUGGUUCACUGUAUAUGAAGUCUAAUGUAUGUACUUUUUAAAAAUUCUAACAGGUUAUCAUAUUGCAACAAAACUAUUACUACAUGCUUCUUAAUUGGUUUUGCCUCGUAGAAAAAUGUUUGUUUCUACAUUUUUAUUACCAGUUUCUGUGCUGUUUUUAAAUACAUUUCCAUGUAAUGUUACUUAUGUAUAACCACUGUUGAUACCAGGUAAUUACUAUUGUAUUGCAUUUGACCAAAUUCCUGUGUAUUUCGCUUGAACUUAAAGUUGAAAUAUAUUUACCUACAAAAACUUAGCAUUAGAAACAGCAGAUCAGGGGAAGAAUAAUUCAAGACUUUGGAGGAAAAAGUAAUUAUACUGAAAGAAAUUUAAGUAGUUGAUAAUUUCCAGGUAUUUUAGAGGUGGGAAAAAUCCUUUACUUUGAGGGUAGCUAGCCAUAUGAUGCAGUGGCUUAAUCUCCCUUUUUUUUUUUUUUUUUUUUUACAUUUUUAUUAUGAAAUAUAUUGUUGUGCGUCCUGCCUUUCACCCUAUGACAGCUGGGAUAGGCUCCAGUCCUCCUGUGACCCUGAAUGUGCAUCAUGAGAAUUUAACUAUUUAAUUGUGCUCUUACACUAUAUAUACAAUUUAUAUUAGACUACAUCAUGUAAAAUGAUGUAGCAAAGGCCCAUGUGAUCUUAUAAUGAUGGAGUCAGGUCUAAUUUGAUUUUCUUCUUUCAUAAACACUGUUCCACGAUCAACCAGCAAGUUCAAAAGGACAGUAAGAAAACUACAAAACACUGAAAUAACAUAAAUUGAGAAAGACUCCAAUGAUUUUAUUUUUUUUGAUGCAAACGCAAAAUUGAACACAGCAGAAUUAACAAGAAGUCUCUAAAUCCUUUGACUGAGACUUGAGAAGCAAAAGGUCUGGACUAGAGACUUGUUGAUGACCCCUGGAAACCUCCAGUCAGUUGGUUGCGAGAGGCUGGGGGCAGUUGCUAGAUGAAACUGGUCUCAAGUAGGUAUACCGUGCUGGACCAAAAACCUUCUUGUGUUUCCUUUGGAUGCAAGCAGAUUGCUGCAGUCCCCAACAAGAGCCAACCUUCGACUUGCCACAAUAAGAAAUGUAGCUCAUUAUUUUUCACUAUACCAUUAGUGCCUUUUAAAAGGCAUUGGUUGCAGCAGUAAGGACCAGCUGUUAUUUUGAAGGUGUUACAUAUUUAACAUUACACCUCUGAACAAAGGGGAGAAACAAUGUUAUUGUAGUGAACUUGUUUUAACAUAUACACAAUUUACAAAUGGCUUCAUAAAAACAUUUACAGUGGAAUUUAGAAAUGUACAUACACUUGUAUAAACUUUAAGCAUGUUGUGGUACUCUGGUGGUUUUAAUGAUUUCUGUUUCUUUUUACUUCCUUCAUUUAACAUGUUUGGUUUUUCUUAUACAGCCCUGAUAUUUAAGCAGAGUGCACAAAUAUUCACUAUGCAUGUGGUCAGUGUUUUGUUAAAGCUAUUCAAGAAACUUAUAGUUUAGAGAUUCAUUAUAGAGAAAUGCACAAGCAGAAUUUCAGCAAUUUCUCAGUGUUUUUGCUUCCAAGUCCCUAAAAUGGAGCUUCGAACAGAGUAAGAAUAAAUAUUAAGCUGGCUGUGAGUUCAAAUAAUAAAUUUGGAAAGUAAUUAUACUGUAUAUUAUACUGUAAUUAUGUUGAUGUUAUAACUGAAUUGCUUUACCUUUAAUGAAAUGGAAAACAUUUUCUAUUGUAAAUAAAACCUUUGACCAAU